AUGAGAGUUUCAGCACUCUGGACAGCGCUGGUCUUGCUUCUGAUUCAAGGCACCGCGAGAGCCUGCACAGUCAAGAAACUGAGCAAUAAUACCGGACGCUUUGCCAAUGCCACCUUGGUACGCCUCUCCGAAUACUUGAGUGCUGGGUACAAGAAGGGUGUGCGACCCGUGCGCAACUGGCGAAAUUGCACAAUGGUGGCCAUCGACCUUAUGGUGUACUCUAUCCUCAGUGUGGAUGAGAAGAACCAGGUUCUGACAACAUAUAUAUGGUACAGGCAGGAAUGGACAGACGAAUUCUUGGUAUGGAACCCAGAGGAUUUUGAUGAUGUGAAUCAAAUGUCCAUACCGACUGCGAAUGUGUGGGUGCCUGACAUACUAAUCAACGAGUUUGUGGAUGUGGGGAAGUCUCCGGACAUUCCCUAUGUGUACGUGACCCAUUAUGGACUAGUGCGCAACUACAAGCCUAUCCAGGUGGUGACCGCCUGCACUCUCAACAUCUACAACUUCCCAUUCGACGUCCAGAACUGCAGCCUGACUUUUCAGAGCUGGCUCCAUACCCUUAAUGACAUCGAUCUCAAGCUGAUGAGGAGCGCAGAGGAACUCAAGGUGGACAAGAGUGUCUUCAUGAACCAGGGGGAGUGGGAGCUUCUUCACGUCCUGUCUAAAUACAAGCGCUUCAGUCUGGACAACAUUGACUCCUAUGCAGAGAUGAAGUUCAAUGUGGUGAUCCGACGCAGACCUCUGUUCUACACUGUUAACCUGCUGCUGCCCAGCAUCUUCCUGAUGGUGAUGGACCUGGUGGGCUUCUAUCUCCCUCCGGACAGUGGAGAGAGGGUGUCCUUCAAGAUCACCCUGCUUCUGGGAUACUCCGUCUUCCUCAUCAUCGUCUCUGACACGCUGCCCGCCACCGCCAUCGGGACGCCGCUCAUAGGUGUAUACUUUGUAGUGUGCAUGGCCCUGUUGGUGAUCAGCCUGACAGAGACAGUGUUGAUAGUGCGACUGGUGCAUAAGCAGGACCUGCAGCCCCAUGUACCCCAGUGGCUCAAACACUUGGUGCUGGAGCGGGCCACAGUCCUCCUCUGCAUCCGCAACAAACACAGCCUGUGCUCCAUGCUGUCCAGGGACUCUGACCAUCUGGGCCACUACAAAGAGAACAACAUCAGCCCAGCUCGAUGCAAUCACCACCACCACCUUCACCACACCUGCGAGAGUGGCCGUGGUGGCGGGGACAUCAUGGAGCGGGCUGGGGGCCUGUCUGUGGUGCGUGACAACACGCCGCCCGUCAUGGACAACAUCCUGCAGGAAAUCUCAUCUAUCCGCGGCUUCCUGGAGAAGAGGGACGAGUCCCGGGACAUCGCCAAGGAGUGGCUGCAGGUGGGCUACGUGCUGGACGUCCUGCUCUUCAGGGUCUACCUGGUGGCCAUGCUGGCCUACAGCAUCACCCUGGGGACCCUCUGGUCUGUGUGGCAGUAUGCCUGA